CCCCCCCCACCCCCCGGACCCCCAGGCUUCUGGUGUGCUCAGGUGGGGCGGGGCUGGCCACACCGCCCAGGCCGGGGGAUGAGCGUCCGGCAGGGCAUGGGGUGGGGAGACGGUUGGAGCCGGCUUCCGCUUUUCCGGCCGUAGCCUCCCAGCCCCUCCACCCCCAACAAGCAGGGCUGGACACCAGGUCCCUCUCCUUUCACUCCUCACCGUGCCUUGCCGGCCCUUUAGCUCAGGCAGGGGGUCAAAUAUGGGUGGAGGCCCUGGUGCUCCUGCACACCAGUGUGGGAGGGCCACCUUGGACGCCAGGGAGGUACAGCAAGGGGCCGGCACGGUGGACCUCCCUUCUGUGAGUGACAGCAGCGGCAGCACCUGUGUGCCCCCACCCCCGAGAUGCUGCUGGCUUCACUGGCUUGCAGGGAGGGCAGCUUGACAGCCCUUGGUUGGCUCCUUUGCCUCCCAAAGAAACUCCUUUCUCACCAAGGGGCUUUAACUCCCUGGGCCUCUGGUGGGCACUGCUGCUCAGGGAAGGAAACUGAGGCCAGCCACCAACCUCGACCCUGCACACCUGAAGGAGAAAGCAGUGAAGAAGGCCUCCCCCAGAGGUGGCCUGCUGACCAGCAGCUCUACACUGGGGCUCACCCAGCACCUCCCUUUUCUGGGCCAGCACAGGGCAGGUCCCUGAGCAGCUGGGACCCCAUCCUGGGCUCCCCUGGACCGACCUGCCUGCCCCCACCCUUCUUGGGUCAGCUGCAGUCUCCUGGACAUGAACCAGGCCUGCUGGGCUGGAGGGCAGGAGGGUGACCUCCUGGGAGCAAAGCGGCCCUGCCCCUGGAAGUGCCAGCAGAGGCCACCACCCCCAACCCCCCACCCCCUGCACCCUGGUGUGGAGUUUCCUCUCUCGAGCUUCCUGCGGGUCUGGUUAUGAGGGGUGUAGUGGAGGCCAGGCCUGCGGGGCACCAGACAGUGCAUAUCUGAGCAGAGUCUAAGGCUACUGCUGAGGGUGGGGAGGGGUUGUGUCCCUGUGAAGGCUGGGCCUCCCUGGCCUUGAGGGAUGCUGGAGCCUCCCCCUGGGGCGGGGCAGAGCAGUUAUUCUUGGACUCAGCAGAGGGUAGAGUUUCAGGAUUGUUUUUGCCUCCAGGAGGCACCUUGGGGCGGGGGUGGGGCACCCGUCUUGACAUUCAGCUACUCUGCACCCAGAGGAGCCUGAGGGCUCCCGCCCUGUGAGGAGGGUGCAUCGCAGCCCCAGGCAGGCCUCAGUGGGCAGGCGGUGGCCCCUGUGCCAGGUGGGGGCAGUUUGCCCUGCGCUGCGGCUGCUGCCUGGUCCGCGGCCACGAGGCCCCUUCCCCGCAGGGUCAGUGCUAUUAAUACCCGCCAGCGGCCCCCAGCACUGAUCCGCUUAGGCCUGUGGCCUGGGCCCGGCUCUUCUGGCACGGGGGCUCCCUGGGCCUCCCCCUACAGAACCCCCCCCCCCCAUGAAGAGGCAGUUCAGGUGGGAGAGUUCCUGAGCUGUCCAGGGAGGCACUGUGGGUCUCAGGCUGGUGGUGAUGCACCCACACACACAGGGUCACCCUGCGUCCCGGCCAUGAGCAGCCCCCCUGUGUACCCUGGCAUCAGGAUCUCGGGGUGCUGGGCCCUUGGAGCAGAAGGCAGCAGCAACUCAGAGUCCCUGGACAGGCUCCUGCCGCCCGUGGGGGCCAGGCGCUCGCCCCGGAAGCGCACCACCAGCCAGUGCAAGUCGGAGCCCCCGCUGCUGCGCACCAGCAAGCGCACCAUCUACACGGCCGGCCGGCCACCCUGGUACAAUGAGCACGGUGCCCAGUCCAAGGAGGCUUUCGCCAUCGGCCUGGGCGGCGGCAGCGCAUCUGGGAAGACUACAGUGGCCAGGAUGAUCAUCGAGGCGCUGGACGUGCCCUGGGUGGUGCUGCUGUCCAUGGACUCCUUUUAUAAGGUGCUGACUCCGCAGCAGCAGGAGCAGGCAGCCCAGAACAACUUCAACUUCGACCACCCAGACGCAUUCGACUUUGACCUCAUCGUGUCCACUCUCAAGAAGCUGAAGCAGGGCAAGAGCGUGAAGGUGCCCAUCUACGACUUCACCACACACAGUCGCAAGAAGGACUGGAAAACGCUGUACGGCGCCAACGUGAUCAUCUUCGAGGGCAUCAUGGCCUUUGCGGACAAGACUCUGCUGGAGCUCCUGGACAUGAAGAUCUUCGUGGACACGGACUCUGACAUCCGGCUGGUGCGGCGGCUGCGCCGGGACAUCAGCGAGCGGGGCCGGGACAUCGAGGGCGUCAUCAAGCAGUACAACAAGUUCGUCAAGCCGGCCUUUGACCAGUACAUCCAGCCUACCAUGCGGGUGGCCGACAUCGUGGUGCCCCGAGGGAGCGGGAACGCUGUGGCCAUCGACCUGAUCGUGCAGCAUGUGCACAGCCAGCUGGAGGAGCGAGAGCUCAGUGUCAGGGCCGCGCUGGCCUCCGCCCACCAGUGCCACCCCCUGCCCCGGACGCUGAGUGUCCUCAAGAGCACCCCCCAGGUGCGGGGCAUGCACACCAUCAUCAGGGACCGGGAGACCAGCCGCGACGAGUUCAUCUUCUACUCCAAGCGGCUGAUGCGGCUGCUCAUCGAGCACGCCCUGUCCUUCCUGCCCUUCCAGGACUGCGCCGUGCAGACCCCGCAGGGCCGGGACUACCGCGGCAAGUGCUACGCCGGGAAGCAGAUCACAGGCGUGUCCAUCCUGCGGGCCGGUGAGACCAUGGAGCCCGCCCUCCGGGCCGUGUGCAAGGACGUGCGCAUCGGCACCAUCCUCAUCCAGACCAACCAGCUCACCGGGGAGCCCGAGCUGCACUACCUGCGGCUGCCGAAGGACAUCAGCGACGACCACGUGAUCCUGAUGGACUGCACCGUGUCCACGGGCGCCGCGGCCAUGAUGGCCGUGCGCGUGCUGCUGGACCACGACGUGCCCGAGGACAAGAUCUUCUUGCUGUCCCUGCUGAUGGCGGAGAUGGGCGUCCACUCGGUGGCCUACGCCUUCCCGCGCGUGCGCAUCAUCACCACGGCCGUGGACAAGCGCGUCAGCGACCUGUUCCGCAUCAUCCCGGGCAUCGGGAACUUCGGCGACCGCUACUUCGGGACGGACGCGGCCCCCGACGGCAGCGACGAGGACGAGGCGGCCCCCCCGAGUUAGCCCCGGCGCUCCGCGGCCGCCCAGACGUAUUUUGAUUAAAGAGACGUUG